UGUUGUAUACGUUUGAGGUUAUAAGCGAGUCAGUUUUCCCGCUUUCUGCGCCAGCUAACUGUUAGCAUCCAAAGGGGAAACUGAGCUAGCUGGAGUGCUAACAGAACUGGUUGUAAGCCAGCCCUCACGUUUGACAAGCAGUAGUUGGACAAGGAGUAGAAGGGAUGUCAAAAAGUGAGACAGAGGAGAUGAUUGAAAUUGAGAUUGAUGGUAGGGAGAAACAGGAGUGUGUAGAGGAAGGGAUCGAGGAGCAAACCAUCACAGCAGCUGAACUGAUUACUCAAGACAUAGACAUCAAUGAGCCGAUCGGUAACCUGAAGAAGUUACUGGAGCCUCGUCUUCAGGUCCCGCUGGAUGGAUAUGACAUCUGUCUGCAGGACAUCCUAUUGCAUCCUGAUCAUAGCCUGUUCGAUCAAGGAGUGAAGACAGAUGGCACAGUACAGCUCAGUGUGCAGAUUGUCACGAAACAGGGUGAAGAGAAAUUGAAUAUUCUGGAGAUUGUGAAGCCAGUGGAGACUGUGGAGAUGGUGAUUGAUCCAGAUGCGGCCGCUGGCGAGGAAGCCCAUCUGGUGGAGGAUGGACAUGUGAUUGCGGUGGAGCAAGCCACCAUUCCUGAUGACACUUCAGAGCAGGUGACCCGCUGGGCGGCCGCAUUGGAAGGAUACCGCAAGGAGCAGGUUCGACUGAACAUUCCCUAUGACCCGGUGCAGUGGACAGCAGAUCAAGUGAUCCACUGGGCAGUUUGGGUUAUGAAAGAGUUUGGCAUUGAGGAAAUGGAGGUGGGUGGCAUUCACAUUCCCGGCCGUCAACUCUGUGGUUUCAGCCAGGAGGAGUUCCUCCAGAGAGUCCCCAGCGGAGAGAUCCUAUGGAGCCACCUGGAGCUUCUACGCAAGUAUGUACUUGCGAGUCAGGAUCAGGGUCAGGACGCAACAGUCACCAUUGAUCAACCUGUGCAGAUCAUUCCUGCCCCUGUGCAGCAGGCCACACCCACAGCCAUUAAGGUGAUGAAGCACAGCAAAACACCCCGAGCCCCCCGGAUCUCAGGAGAGGAGCGCAGCUCCCCUGGCAACCGCACAGGUAAUAAUGGUCAGAUUCAGCUGUGGCAGUUUCUCCUGGAGCUGCUGACAGAUAAGGACUCUCGCGACUGCAUUUCCUGGGUGGGAGAGGAGGGCGAGUUCAAACUCAAUCAGCCUGAGCUGGUAGCUCAGAAAUGGGGCCAGCGCAAGAACAAGCCCACCAUGAACUACGAGAAGCUGAGCAGAGCUCUCAGGUACUACUAUGACGGAGACAUGAUCAGCAAAGUGCAGGGCAAGCGCUUUGUCUAUAAGUUUGUGUGUGACCUGAGGACUCUGAUCGGAUACAGCGCCGCAGAGCUCAACAGCCUGGUGACGGAGUGCGAACAGAAGAAACUGGCUCGGGUGCAGCUGCAUGGCCUCGGCCAGCCCGUCACCACAGUCACUCUGGCUGCAGCAGCUUUAGAGAAAGACAGUUGAGAAGGGAGUGAGUGGCUUGUUACUCCCAGCCAAUCAGGAGACAAGUUUAAGAUGGGAGGAAUCCGGGUUAAACAUUUGACUUUGGGCAGGGUGGGAAACAACGGGUUUGUAAGCAGAUGUGCGCUUUUGUUACGAGUCUGUAUGUAUGUCUGCGUGUCCCUAAAAUGCUUAAGAGAGCGAGUGUAUGUGCGGAUGUGAGAGACAAAGUAUAGAUGAUCACGUAUGAGCUUUCAGUUUUUGUACGCUUGUUCUCUGACUGCAGGGUAGCAUCGGCUAUAUUUCCAUUGUAUAUACUCUGUUUUUGAUAGCCAUGUGGGCAGUGUAUUUUGAUAUUUUCCAUUUGUAAAGGAUCUUUUCUUUUUUAUUUUUGAGUGUCCAGUUCCCUCAAGGUGAGGUACUUUUUACUGUCCACCAGAGGGCAAUAAAGAGACAGCUGGUUUUUGAA